UUGUUCCCAAAAAAAAUUUAAGAAGCUUCUGCUGCCUAAUGGGAACAAUUCCAUAUAGUGUGCUUGGAAUUGUAUGUCAAAAAAUUUUAAUCACUUAUUGUAUCAGUUUGAAAACAGUAAUGAAUUCACAAAGAUCCAACAUGAACGACCAAAGUGAUAACAGAUCAACAGGAUCUAGCAAAAAUUCAAUCAAGAAUGAAUCCAAUACACCGUCUAGUAGUACUGAAGAUGAGUCUAAGGACAUUUUAAAUAACGAUCAAAGCAAAAUGACUCUUACUACUGAUUACCCGAACACGUCUGAUUCUUCCGACUCUCUGGGAACGCCAAGUGACAAAAGUAUUGAUUCAUCUGACUCUGAAACGGAACAUCAAUUUGAAGAACACAUAGUUAAAACACAGUUUGAAAUAUUCAACAUUAUGCAUGAUUUCAAUUUUUGCGACAAUUUGAUCCAGCAGUGUCAUGAAGCUAAUGUCUGCGGCUAUAUCGUAAUUAGCCAAGGAAGCCGAUCUGCUUUAGGUGAAAUGGAGGGAACAGUACGGGAAAUAAAUAAAAUUAAAAAUUACUUGUUAACAUCGUAUUUGCCGGAACCGUUUAUACAACGUGCUAAGUUUUCAACAUAUGAACGUGAAAAUUCCCCCAAAAAAUUGAAAUUUAGCCAAGCCUAUACCUAUACGAUAGAUAACGACAAAAUUUUGGGAAAAAAUCAAAAAGAGAAUGUGAAAUCAGGCACCGAUAAGGCAAAUGAGAAAGCUUCUUGAAUCGAUGAGUCGAUACUAAAAAUAAUUCAAAGGUGUUAUCUAUAACUAAUUUUUAAUA